CCAGUCCAAAGAAAGGGGUGUCAUUGCCUAUAAGACAUUUGACGUCCCCGAGGACUGUGAGAGGUUUCCCCUGAACGCCGGCUUUCUCGCUGGGGCCUUUGAAGAAAUCGACAAUGGAAUAUUCGCUGGCUUGGAGGUUUUCGAGAUCUUCGCUGUGCUGCAAGAGGAGGAAGAACCGCAUAUCACAUCGAUGAUUUUGGAUGUGCGAGCCCCCAGGAAGGGGAAGGGCAAACAGAGCUACUCAGCCACAUUCCCAAGUGUCGAAACGGUUCUUCAAAUGCAUCGGCAGCGCACGUCGGGAACACGAGCGCAACCACUACUUCCCCCAGGCUUCUCUUCUCCCGCGAGGUGGUCGCUGAAGUGGGUCGCCCGGAAUUUCAUGGUCAUUGACGAGUUUUGUUGGGUCUAUGCGGUAAUGCCAGACGGUCCUGAAUGGCGAGAAAAGGAGCACAUCGCAGAAGGUGGUUCAUCAGAUGUUUGGAAAGUCACAAUGUCUCCCUCGCAUCAGGUACACUUUCAAGAUCACGGGACGUUCGCACUCAAGGUUCUGAAACCGGGCCACGAACAUGCAUUCAGGAGAGAACUCGAAGUACUGAAGGUUUUUGAACAAAAUAAUCACCCACACAUAGUGCGCCUACUCAUGGCGUACGAGAGGGAAGGCUCAUACCACCUGCUUUUUCCAUGUGCAGACGGCAACCUUUCGAGUUAUUGGCACUCUUCAGAUACGGAACGCAGAUCAGAGGACGCCCAGUGGAUGCUUAGGCAGUGCCGUGGCAUAGCGAAGGGGUUGCAAGAGAUUCACUCGUUUGGAGGAGAGGGGAAAGCUAGCAUCUGUGGCCGGCACGGCGACAUCAAACCAGAGAACAUUCUUUGGUUCAAGGAUGGACCCAACGACAAAUUUGGCAGUCUUGUCCUUUCAGAUUUUGGUCUGGGGCGGUCAAGGCUUUAUGCGCCCCCGGAAUCCACCCACUCGGAGGCCAAUUCUUUGACGUCCCAUCUAUCGAGACAGCAGUAUGACAUAUGGUCCCUGGGCUGUGUAUUCCUUGAGUUUCUCACUUGGUUCGUGGGUGGUUGGAAAGAACUGAGAGACUUCUAUCAAGAAAGAUUCAAGGAUGGUGACAGGCGAUGCCGUAACUUCGCCUCCCUCCGCCACAGAUUAUUAAUGAUCAGAUCAGUCCUUGGCGACGAAGGAGGUUUGCAGUGUGAAUCCACAAUCGGCAACGGCUCCCUACAAUUGUUAAGAGAGCACUGCGAAUUGGUAGACCGUUGUCUCAGCCUGAAGCCCGCUGAUCGCCCGACAGCAAGAGAGGUCGCCAUUAUCUUGGAAUGACCUUACAAAAGAGGUCUAUUGCAAGUAUCUCCCAGAAAUAGAAACAUUUACCAUACAACAGAACCGGGAACCUCGCCAUGUAGGCGCCCCAGGCCACGCUGCGACCGUCACUGGCGUUUCAGGGGACCAGCUUCCCUAGGGACUCGACCAUGGUGGAGAUGGACGGGUGCUUUAAAGUGUAUGCCUGGGCAGGCAAUACCGAGGUCUACGCUAGGGCAAGCGCCAUACUCUCCUCCCUCACCGAACGCGCUCGGGCAAGCGCCAGACUCUCCUCCCUCGACAUCAUGUAUAACACAUUCGGCUUGCUGAGCUGUCUGCCGCGGAAGCGGACGGUCCGGCAGUACUCACUCUCCGCCACUACU